AUGCCAAUCAUAAAUAGAUCUCCUGUUCCCAAAAAGCUAACAUUUGAAAAUUCAGAAUUUCCUUCCUUUGAUCUUCAAAUAACCCAACUAAUGAACGAUGCAGAAACUGGUGAUAAUUAUGAGGGUAAUGAUGAAGAUGGAGAAUUAGAAGGGAAUGAAGAGCAUAUUUUAUAUGAGAAAGGGAAAAAGGGUCAGAAUGUGAAUGAAGGAAGGAAAAGGAAGGUGACUAAUCCGGAUAUUUUUAGAUCACCUUUUGUGAAUAGGGUAAUUGACUUAAAUGAAAAAGUUAGUACUGAGCAAGAGAUAAUGGCGGAAAUAAUGUUUAGAUGCGUUGCACACAAAGAUCCAAUGGAAAUGCGGUUUGAAACCGAGUCUGGAGACAUAAUGGAUAGGGUGCAUUUUGAGGGUAUGCGUCCAAAUCAUAAGAUACAUCCUUUCGUUAUUGAUUGUUGGACUGUUGUUCUUAAUUUUGAAGAAGAAAACCUGAGAAACAAAAAAUCACCACCACAUGUCUUCUUCAACACUCAAAUUAUGACAGAAACAUUAUUGGAUUCUUCAAUACCUUUUGUUGAAAGAUUCCGACUUUUUGAUGAGGCUCUAAACAAUUACUUAUAUGACAUCAAAAGAAAAGUGGAUUUCAAUUCUAUUAAUCUGCAAAUGUACUUUUCAAAGUUUUUGGACAACAAUCGGCGGGAUAAGUACAUGGGUGAGAAAGAAGAAAAAUGGGAUGUGGAACUGGGAGAAGAAAGUGUUAGGACAUCUAAGAAGAUUGCAAAGUUGCGUACAUUUUAUGUUGCUAAGCUAGCAAACCAUCAAAUCAACAAGCAGAGAAAAUUGAAUGUUGCAGAAGCAUUGGAAUUUUCAAACUUGAUAAGAAAACUAGGUGUAUGUUGGUGA